UCUGCGGCCACGGGCGGCAAAGCGGAAAAGUCGGAAAAUCGUGAAAGCCGAGCGGGAACGAGUUAGAGAAGUCCUAGAAAACACAGAACCGAAGGAACGCGAGUGCGGAAAAGCGUUGCAGUGGAAAUUGCGGACAGGCGGAAACCGCGUUUCGCUUACAUCAUCGCUGCAAAAUCAAUUCUCGAGUGAGCCUUUAAGCAGGCACCGACAUUGCGUGCAUAUUCGUAACUGCAAAUUGAAACUGAAAUAAAAACGAAAAAAACGCAAACCGCAAAAACAAAAACCGAAAUGUGUCCGGAUAAAAUCGUCGGCGUGCUGCAUCCCAUCACAGUCGUAUUGCCGUCGCGCCAUUAAAAUGCAAUUUGUGCCGGUCACCGACUCCAGUAACUGUCAAACUGUUGCCUCUUUAGCGGAUUAAUAUUUCUGUAAAUACCGAUCUGCCACCCAAAAGUUGAACGAAAAAGUACAAACAAAAAAACGUUGGCUGAAAACAGAAAAAAUACAUCAGCGGCAACACAGUCCAACAUGUCGGCCGUAAAGCUGCUCAUUAUCGGUCACCUUUGGCUCUCGAUUGGCCUGAUCUCCGGGGACGACUCGCUGGACACGCGUGAGGGCGUCGAUCUGGUGCUCAAGUGCCGCUUCACCGAGCAUUACGACUCGACCGACUUCACCUUCUACUGGGCCCGCUGGACCUGCUGCCCCACAUUGUUCGAGAACGUGGCCAUCGGCGAUGUGCAGCUCAACUCGAAUUAUCGGCUGGACUUUCGACCGAGUCGCGGUAUUUACGACUUGCAGAUCAAGAACACGUCCUAUAAUCGGGAUAAUGGACGCUUUGAGUGCCGAAUCAAGGCGAAGGGAACCGGGGCGGAUGUCCAUCAGGAGUUCUACAAUCUGACGGUGCUGACCGCUCCCCAUCCGCCGAUGGUCACGCCCGGAAAUCUGGCGGUGGCCACCGAGGAGAAGCCUCUGGAAUUGACCUGCAGCAGUAUUGGCGGUUCCCCAGAUCCCAUGAUAACCUGGUACCGCGAGGGGAGCACCGUGCCGCUGCAGUCGUAUGCACUGAAGGGGGGAUCGAAGAACCACUAUACCAACGCCACCCUGCAGAUUGUUCCCCGACGGGCCGACGAUGGCGCCAAGUACAAAUGCGUCGUCUGGAAUCGUGCCAUGCCCGAGGGCCACAUGCUGGAGACCAGCGUCUCGCUGAAUGUCAACUAUUACCCCCGAGUGGAGGUGGGACCCCAGAAUCCCCUGCGAGUGGAGCGCGACCACGUGGCGAAGCUGGAGUGCCGCGUGGACGCCAAGCCGAUGGUGAGCAAUGUGCGGUGGUCGCGGAACGGGCAGUACGUGAGUGCCACGCCCACCCACACCAUCUACCGGGUGAACCGGCACCACGCCGGCAAGUACACCUGCAGCGCGGACAACGGCCUGGGCAAGACCGGCGAGAAGGACAUCGUGCUGGACGUCCUGUACCCCCCGAUCGUGGUCAUCGAGUCGAAGACCCACGAGGCGGAGGAGGGCGAGACCGUGCUGAUCCGCUGCAACGUCACCGCGAACCCCUCGCCCAUCAACAUCGAGUGGCUGAAGGAGGGCGCCCCCGACUUCCGCUACACCGGCGAGCUCCUCACUCUGGGCUCCGUGCGGGCGGAGCACGCCGGCAACUACAUCUGCCGCUCGGUGAACAUCAUGCAGCCGUUCGGCUCGAAGCGGAUCGAGGGGGUGGGCAACUCCACGGUGGCCCUGCUGGUGCGACACCGACCUGGUCAGGCGUACAUCACCCCCAACAAACCGGUGGUUCACGUGGGCAAUGGAGUGACUCUCACCUGCUCCGCCAAUCCACCCGGAUGGCCUGUGCCGCAGUACCGGUGGUUCCGGGACAUGGACGGCGACAUCGGCAACACCCAGAAGAUCCUGGCCCAAGGGCCGCAGUACUCCAUACCGAAGGCGCACCUGGGCAGCGAGGGCAAGUACCACUGCCACGCGGUGAACGAGCUGGGCAUCGGCAAGAUAGCCACCAUCGUCCUGGAGGUGCACCAGCCGCCGCAGUUCCUGGCCAAGCUGCAGCAGCACAUGACCCGCCGGGUGGGCGACGCCGACUACGCGGUGACCUGCAGCGCCAAGGGCAAGCCCACGCCGCAGAUCCGCUGGAUCAAGGACGGCACCGAGAUCCUGCCCACCCGCAAGAUGUUGUUCGACAUCCGGACCACGCCCACCGACGCCGGGGGCGGGGUGGUGGCGGUGCAGAGCAUCCUCCGCUUCCGGGGCAAGGCGCGUCCGAAUGCGAACCAGCUGCUGCCGAGCGACAAAGGAUUGUACACCUGCCUGUACGAGAACGACGUGAACUCGGCCAACUCCUCGAUGCACCUGCGGAUCGAGCACGAGCCCAUCGUGAUGCACCAGUACAACAAGGUGGCCUUCGACCUGCGCGAGUCCGCGGAGGUGGUCUGCCGGGUGCAGGCCUACCCCAAGCCGGAGUUCCAGUGGCAGUACGGGAACAACCCCUCGCCGCUGACCAUGUCCUCCGACGGCCACUACGAGAUCAGCACGCGGCUGGAGAACAACGACGUGUACACCUCGGUCCUGCGCAUCGCCCACCUGCAGCACUCCGACUACGGGGAGUACGUCUGCCGGGCCGUCAACGCGCUGGACAACAUCCGGGCGCCCAUCCGGCUGCAGCCCAAGGGGGCGCCGGAGAAGCCCGGCAACCUGAAGGUGCUCGAGGUGGGCCACAACUACGCCGUGCUCAGCUGGCAGCCGGGCUUCAACGGCGGCUUCGCGAGCACCAAGUACCUGGUUAGCUACCGCCGGGUGGCCACGCCCAGGGAGCAGACCCUCUCCGACUGCUCCGGCCACGGCUACGUGCCCAGCUACCAGGUGAGCAGCUCCUCCUCGGGGAGCAGCAACCACGAGUGGAUCGAGUUCAACUGCUUCAAGGAGAACCCCUGCAAGCUGGCGCCGCUGGACCAGCAUCAGAGCUACAUGUUCAAGGUGUACGCUCUGAACUCCAAGGGCACCUCGGGCUACUCCAACGAGAUCCUGGCCACCACCAAGGUGAGCAAGAUUCCCCCUCCAUUGCACGUGAGCUUCGACCCCAACUCGCGCAAGCUGGGCAUCAACGUGGCCGCCACCUGCCUCUCCCUCAUCGCGGUGGUGGAGUCGCUGGUCUCCCGGGACGCCACCGUCCCCAUGUGGGAGAUCGUCGAGACCCUCAACUGGUCUUCCUCGGGCAGCGAGACCACCUACAGGGAGGCCGUCAUCAACCACGUCUCGAGACCCGCCCACUACUCCACGGCCACCGCUUCGCAGGGCAGGAGUCUUGGAGUGGGUGGAGUCGGUGGAGUAGGUGGCUCCCACCUGGGCGAGGAUCGCACCAUGGCCUUGGCAGAGACUGCGGGUCCGGGGCCAGUGGUGCGGGUCAAGCUCUGCCUGAGGUCCAACCACGAUCACUGCGGAGCAUAUGCGAAUGCUGAAAUUGGCAAGUCCUACAUGCCGCACAACUCCUCCAUGACCACCUCCGCCCUGGUGGCCAUCGUGAUCGCCGCGCUGUCCUUCGUCGUCUUCCUCGCUCUGCUCUACGCCUUCUGUCGCUGCCGCCGGAGGCACGGCUCCAAAAAGGAGAGUGGCUCGGCCGCAGGAGGAGCCGCCGCGAACACCGCCGCGAGUGCGGGAUCCACGGCCGCCAAGGAGUACGACCUUGACUUGGACGCCAGCCGAAGGCCUUCGCUGAGCCAGGAUACCCAGCAGUCGCAGCAGCCGCCCCCGCCGCCCCCCUACUACCCCACCGGAAGCCUGGACUCCAAGGAGAUGGGCAGCGGGAGCGGGGGGGGAAGGGAGCUGACCCUCACCGCACUCCACGAUCCCGACGAGCAGCUGAAUAUGCAGCAGCACCAGCAGCAGCAGCACCACAGCAACCACGGCCAGUACCAGCAGCCCAAGGCCAUCCUGGGCAUCUACGGCGGAGUGGGCGGCUCCGGGGGCAAUGCCGGUGGCUCCAGCUCCGGCUCCGUCGCCGGGGUCUCCGGGCACCCGCACUCGAACGGCUACGGCUACCAUGUGACAAGUGCCAUCGGCGUGGACAGCGACAGCUAUCAAGUGCUGCCCUCCGCGGCCAACUCAGCAGGAUCCCAUGGACACGGACACGGACAUGGCCAUGGACACGGACCAGGAGGCGCCGGAGAGUGGUCGAGCAACAACCCGAACGAGAACAACUACAGCAACGCCAGGGACCUGUCGCAGGAGGCCUUGUGGCGCCUCCAGAUGGCCGCCGCCCAGUCGCAGCAGAUCUACGUGGAGCGGCCGCCGUCGGCGUUCAGCGGGCUGGUCGACUACAGUGGCUACUCGCCGCACAUCCCCACGGUGACCAGCUCGCUCAGCCAGCAGAGCUUCAGCCCCACGCAGCAGCUGGCGCCCCACGAGAUGCUGCAGGCCGCCCAGCGGUACGGAACCCUCCGCAAGUCCGGAAAGCAGCCGCCCUUGCCGCCGCAGCGGAAGGAUCUGCAACAGCAGCAGCAACAGCAGCAGCAGCAGGCGAAACCAAUGGCGGAUAUAAUACAGGAUUUGGCAAAUUAAACUAAUUGCCAGUUAAGAGACAACAACCCGCAACAAAAACUGCAACAAAAUACAUUUUGACAUAAGCAUUUAAGUAAGUAAAUAGCAAAUAAAAAACUAAACAGCACAUACAUAAAAAUAACAUUUUUAGCUGUUAAAGUGGCGUGAAAAUUGCUAACAAUGCAAACAUAAAAACCAAAUUCAUAAAAAAUGCCUAUUUCGACCAAAAACGCAAACAAAUUGCUGUAAAUGUGAAAAAUCUGCAGAAAUACCAAAAAAUAAAAGACAGUUGCGUAAUUCACGUAUUACCGGUAUAUUAGGUAAUAUAAAAGUUAAUAAUGAACAACCUUUUACUUUGUGUCGAUCAAUUUAAAUAGAUCUGCCAUUGAAUAAAUAUACUGCCCAAAAAACUACCAUUAAUGUAAAUUACAAUUAAUGUUAUAUAUUAUUAAUAAUAAUGAAAAACGUACGAUAAGCUUUUUUGUGUGUUUUUGUCACCUUGUUCAUAUUUUUCAGGCGUGAAAUUUACUAGUAUUGGUAAUACAAAAACUAUUUUUUGUUAUUUUGAAACAAGCUAUUUUAUUUGGCGCUUUAUUCAUUAUUCAUCUGUAAACGAUAAUGUAUUCCAUACUUUUUCAAACAUGUGGCCAAAAUAUUGAGGUCCCCGGCGACAAACUGCAAAAACACAGCCAUAAUAUUCUGGUCAAAUCAUUGUUAAACCGACAGCCAAACACAAAAGCCACCUUUUGAGGUUUCCGUGCCUUUUUUAGAGCCUUUCUGCAGAGUAUGAAAAUUGUUUUCAUUUAAAUCAAAUAAAAGAGACAAAAUGUUCAUUUAAUUGCUUUUCCACCCAGUCAGGC